UGUUCCAGAUUAACGCGUCUCUCCUCCAAUGGUUCGUGUUCAUGUUGGUUUCGCUCAGGAACAGGGCCUGUCCAGCCUGUCCAAGACGUCCUCGCACUCGCUGUUCGGCGGGCCGCACUCCAUCCAGGCCGAGAAGUGCAGGCGGGAGGCCAAGCUCACUUGCCGCACCAUCUGCAGGGACUACUGCAACAACACUGCGGUGCACGGCUUCCGCUAUUUCUUCGAGAAGGGCCGCAGCGUCCAGGAACGGACCUUUUGGGUGUUUGGCGUCUUCCUCUGCUUUACGGUGUCCUUGUAUCUCAUCAGCAAGGUGUGGACGAAGUGGGAGACCUGCCCCGUCAUCGUGACGUUCGCCGACCAGCCGACGCCGGUAUGGUCCGUGCCCUUCCCCGCCGUCACCAUCUGCCCCUCCACGAAGACGAAGCCGGCCCUGUUCAACUACACGCUGGCUCAGCACCACGUGCUGGACAACGUGUCCACCGAGGAGGAGUUCUGGAAGUACCAGGCCCUGUCCCUCAUCUGCAUCCCGCAGGCCAUGCCGCCGAACUACCACCUCAACGCGACGGCGAACGACUUCUUGGUCGAGGUCGCGCCCACCAUGGAGGAGGUGAUCCUCGAGUGCUACUGGCAGCACCGGCAACUCAACUGCUCCAAGCACUUCAUGCGCACGCUCACGGAGGAGGGCGUCUGCUUCACGUUCAACGGCCUCAGCCCGCAUGAAAUCUACACCAACGAAACCCAGGAGUCGUUGCGAGGCCCCUCCGAAUUCCCGUCGUCCGGCUGGAGCGUGGACGGUGGCUACGAUGACGGGGACGCCACCAUCAAAAGAUACUACCCCCGGCGGCAGCAGUUCGUGGGGGCGGACACGGGAUUCAGGGUGAUCCUGCAGUCCGCGGACGCCGACAUGGACUACGUCUGCAAGGGCUGCGAGCAGGGCUUCAGGGUGUACCUGCACAGCCCCGCCCACGCCCCCAGCUGGACGCGCCACUACUCGGCCCUGCCCCUCAACACGUCCAUGUACUUGCUGGCCUCGCCCGCGCUCAUGACGACCACGGACGGGCUCAAGGACUACAGCCCCGAGAGGCGGUCCUGCUACUUCCCCACGGAGCGCAAGCUGCGCUACUACCGCUACUACUCCAUGGAGAGCUGCAUCUACGAGUGCUUCACCAACAUGACGCAGAGGAGGUGCGGCUGCGCGCCCAUCGGACUACCUAUGUCCGCAGUUCCGCCAGGGGUGCCGAUGUGCAGCAUCUUCAGCCAGUGCAACUUAAAGACUUAUGUGGAACUUUUGGACGAAGCGGAGAAGGUUCCCUUCGACGGGCCCAUCCCGCAGGAGUGUCACUGCCUGCCCUCCUGCAAGACCCUCCACUACCACGGCGAGGCCACCAGCUUCGACUUCCCCUGGAACAUGGAGAGGAUCGCGCGCCGCAUGCCCUCCACUCCGCAGGGGCUGAGCCGAUCCCAACUGAACGUUUACUUCGACACUCUCCAGUUCGUGACCAGCCAGCGCCGCGAGCUGUACGGCCACACCGAUUUCCUGGCCAACACGGGCGGGCUGCUGGGCCUGUUCACGGGCUUCAGCGUCAUCAGCCUGGUGGAGCUGUUCUACUACGUGAGCCUGCGCCUGUGGUGCGACGUGAAGCGGCGCGCCGAGGAGCGCCGGCGGCGGGACGGCAACUGAACCGCCGAAAAUGAUGAGAAAUGGCGGCGGCGGCGCGUUGCCCUCGUGGCUGCCUUUUAAUACUUUAAGUGGGCGGCGCCAGCGACCACGUGACCCUCCGUCCGCCAUGGCGGACGCCAA